AUGGUAGCAGAAGCAGGAAGUCACUUGACCACAUUUUCAUCCAUUCAAGAAGUGAACACAAGUUUCUCCUCACAGGUUCCACGAGUCAUGUCAACACAGCGUGUUGAAACUUCAGCACAGACCAUGGGUCCACAUCCUGCGGCUGCUGCUGCUGCAGCCACUCCUGCUGUCCGCACCGUUCCCCAGUACAAAUACACUGUGAGCGUCCGCAAUCCCCAGCAACAUCUUAAUGCACAGCCACAAGUUACCAUGCAACAGCCUGCUGUUCAUGUGAAAGGUCAAGAACCUUUAACUGCUUCCAUGUUGGCAUCUGUUCCCCAUCAAGAGCAAAAGCAAAUGUUGGGCGAACGUCUGUUUCCUCUUAUUCAAGCCAUGCACCCUACUCCUGCAGGUAAAAUCACAGGCAUGCUGUUGGAGAUUGAUAAUUCAGAGUUACUUCACAUGCUUGAGUCUCCAGAGUCUCUCUGCUCAAAGGUUGAUGAAGCUGUAGCUCUACUACAAGCCCACCAAGCAAAAGAGGCUGCCCAGAAGGCAGUGAACAGUGCCACUGGUGUUCCAACUGUUUAAAU